AUGUUGACGCCGGCGAACGACGGGCCGUCUGUGGCCCUGUCAUUUGCCAACAACUUCUGGGGCAAGGACGAUGCUGGCGUCGGUCCUCUGCUCGAGCGCAUGGCCGGCGCCAAGCAGACAUGCGACGAGCUGCGCGCGUUCUACAAUGUCCGAGCCUCGAUCGAAGACGAAUAUGCCCGCAAACUACUAUCGCUCUGCCGUAAGCCGCUGGGGUCGCAAGAGAUGGGCGGCGUGAAGCUGUCGCUGGACGUCAUGCGCGGCGAAGUCGAGUCGAUGGCAAAGCAGCACCAGUCAAUUGCCGCACAGAUGAAGACGGAGCUCGAGGAGCCGCUGGCGGCCUUUGCCGGUGCCAUGAAGGAGCGCCGCAAGAUUGUGCAGAACAGCAUCGAGAAGCUGCACAAGGUCAAGGUGCAGCAGACGCAGCAAGUCAACAAAACCCGCGACCGGUUCGAGCAGGAAUGCCUGAAGAUCAAGGGCUACCUCGCCCAAGGCCACAUGGUCAUGGGCCAGGAGGAGCGCAAGAACAAGGCCAAGCUCGAGAAGACGCAGAUCAGCGUUGCCACGUCCAACACCGAGUAUGAGAACGCCGUCAAGAUCCUCGAAGAGACGACGGCCCGCUGGAACCGCGAGUGGAAAGCCGCCGCCGACAAGUUCCAGGACCUCGAGGAGGAGCGGCUCGACUUCACCAAGAGCAGUCUGUGGUCCUUUGCCAACAUCUCGUCCACGGUCUGUGUUAGCGACGACUCAUCGUGCGAGAAGAUCCGCCUGGCUCUGGAGAAGCUCGAGGUCGAGAAGGACAUUGCCAGCUUCAUCCGUGAACGGGGCACCGGCCAGGAGAUCCCCGAUCCGCCCAAGUACAUCAACUUCUGCCGCGGCGACCUCGACUCGCAGUCUGAGGCGUCCGAGGACGACUACUCCGUCGCCCAGUUCCCCCGCAGCAUCAACCCAGCAUACCGCACGUCCUCGCCCCAGCCGUCGACCUACGAGUCACACCACGACCCGAACUCUGCUCUGGCCCGCGACAUGGGCCACGAGCUUAUCGAGCCCACCACCCCACACAAGCCUGCAGCGCCAUCUGCCGUGGCCCAGCGCACACCUCACCCCGACACUUCCAGCCAGGCCACGCCGCGUCAGAUUCAGCAGCAGCAACAGCUUGCCAAGGACAAUAUACCACCCUACGACCCGAACGAUUUCGCGCCCGUUCCGCACGACCCGUACCCUCUGGAUGGCAUGACCAUGCUCUGCCGCACAAACAAUGGCGGGCCGCAGUCGGACCUGGGGUCCCAGCUCAGCUCCAACAGCGCGGCUACAUCCGGCCGCCCAUCCAGCCGCGACUCGCACAGCGACUUCUCCAACCUGACCCCCUACUCAAGCCAAGAGCUACCGAGCGGCAAAGUCUCACCAGUGAAGGCUGAGCCGCCCAGCGCCGUGAUACCCGUCGACGAGAAAAGGGCCAUGAAGAAGAAGAGCGGCUUCUUCCAGAACCACAGUCCGUUCCGCCGCAAGAGCACCAAGGAUAUCUCGACGAGCUCCAACGCCGCCUCGCACAGAAACACCUGGCACCCGCAGGCCGCCUCAACUCAGGUGCAGGAACAGGUACCGCCGAACAAUGUGACACGUGGAUCCGUCUACGGUGGUGGCGGCCACCAGCGCCAGCAGUCGCAGCACCAACUGAUGCAGCAUGAACGGACAGCUAGCCCUGAUCCCAUUGACGCGAACGCCAGCCUUGCACUAAAUGUGGGCCAGAACGUCUUUGCCGUGUCGACACCGGAUCGCCAUACGGGCAGUGGCAACGCACCGCAGACGAACGAGCCGGAGGCGGCCGAAGACGACCCAAUUGCCCAGGCACUCGCAGAACUCAAGGGCGUCACUCUGGGCAAGCAGGCCUCUGUACGGGUUUCGGCCGACCACUACCAUGGCAUCGCAACACCGGCGCCUGGGGCUCGUGCCAACCAGUUCGCCAAGAACAGCGCUGUCGCCGCAGGCAUGCGUGGUACGCCACCGCCGUCUUACGACCAGCAAGUCCAGCGCCUGGGUGUGCCGUCCCCCGCGGUCACGUCCAAGGCCAUGAAACAGACGUCGCAAAAGUUUGCACAGCAGACACGCAGCAUGUUCAGCCCAACCAGCAACGAGUACCAGCAGGGCGGUGGUGGUGCCGGACAAGGCGGUGUCUACGGUGCCUCGCCUUCACGGCAGGGCACACGCAGCAGCUACGACCUGCCGCGUGCCGCCUCCCCCGCCCCGAGACGUAGUGCGUCGCCGCGGCCAGGAACGGCGGCCACCAUGCACCAGCAGCAACAACAACAACAGCAACAAGCGCCACCCCAGCAGCAGCAGCGGCCGGAUCCGCGCAUGAAUCACCGGUCGGCGUCUCCCAACCCUUACGCCAGCCGGCCACCAUCACGGCAGCAACAGCAGCAGCAGACGCCGAACCGGGCAUCCGACCAGUACUACUCUCGGCAUGCCUCACCCAACGACAUGUCGCGGGCAGCGUCCCCGUCGCCCUACCGCACAGAGCAGCCGAGCCGUCCCCGCAGCAGCAUGGCCAACCACAACAGCGCCGACGUUCGUGCCCAGUCGCCCUAUGUAGGCGACGACGGCUAUGGGUCGCAGCGCAGCCGCGGUGGUAGUACCAGCCGGCCUGGAACCAGCAACUCCAACUCGCGUGCCAUGGGCCUCUAUGAGGGCGGUGGUGGCUCGAUGCGGUCGUCACGGAGCAAGAGCAUUGGCGAGAACGUGCAGUUCACGCGCGACGGUCGUCCGAUUAUGCAUUUUGCACGGGCUUUGUAUGUCUACCAGGCUGCCAUUCCUGAGGAGUUAGGCUUCGCGAAGGGCGAUAUUCUGGCCGUCCUGCGCCACCAGGACGAUGGUUGGUGGGAGGCGACUGUGCACGGCAACACGAACGGCAAUGGGCAAGUCGGCCUGGUGCCCAGCAACUACUUGCAGCCGCUGUGA